UCUUUUUCAAAAAAAUUUACUUUUUUAUUAUUAUUUUAUUAUUUUUCAAACAAAAUUAUGAAGUGUGAAGGUAAAUCAAUUGAAAGUGAAGAAGAAAAAAAAUGUAAUCUGAAAUUAGGAAAGGAGCCAUCACUUCCAAAAUAUGAUGGUCUAGAAAUUGGUGAUAAUUUAAUAAAACGAUUAAAAAUUGCAAAAGUUAAUGAACAACAGUUUGUUAAUUACGAUAAUUAUUGGACAGAAAAACUUGCUUGUAUGAAUGAAGAUCACACAAAUAAAUUGAAGCUUACUCUUGAACAAGCUUAUUCAAGUAUGAAAAAUAUUGAAAAUUAUUUAAAAAUAACUGAGCCAAAAAAAACUUCAAUUGAUUUAGAAAUUAUAAGAAAUUGUUAUGAAACACACGAAAAUCAAUCAAUAAAUUGUAGUAAAGAUGUUGAUAAUUUUCUAAGAGAUGUCGACAAAUUAAUGUUUCAAUAUGUACGAAAAAAUGAAGAUGAUAAUUUCAUAUCAAAUCGACGACUGACUUAUGCAGAGCGUUUUAAACGAGGUUUUUAAUAUUUCAAAAAUUUAUCAACAACAGCACUUGGUGCUUUUUCAUUGCAUAAAAUCUUCAAGAUAUCUUCAAUUGAUAAUUUUUUUUUGUUACCUUUGACUCCCAAGCCAGCCCUGACAAUAUACAUAAAAUUAAA